AAUCAAACUUAGCAUUUUGCAAGAAAUAAAGAGAUUGUCAGCCUAGAAAUGAAGUUAAAAAUUUAAUUGUAUUGUAGAAACAAAAUUGUUCGAUUGACCGGUGGUGUUUAGGCGUAUCAAUGUUUUUGACCCUUAAUUUGACACUAACCAAAAAUUUGUAAUAAUGAUAAGAAUACGUCGACGAUUUGCUCUAUUGCUAUGUGGCAUUUCCUUGGUGAUUUUCCUGACCGUAUAUUUUAUGAUUAAUUAUGCGGCUCCUUCAGGACAAGACAAGAAGCCUAAUUUUAUGGCUUUGGAUAACAAUCAGAAUGAAUACAACAAACAGGUGCUACAAAAACCUGACAUGAGCAACGAAAAUAGUCCUAGAACUAAAAACACCGGUCGCCAUGGUGGUGGGGCCAUAAGUCACAAACUGCUGGACCGCAAUGAAGAAAAAAAGAUUGUAUUGGCCAAUAUAGCUAAUGAUCCCAAAUUAAUGGAAGAGAAUGUAAUCGCAAGAGAAGAAACUUGUGAGUUUGAUCCUCAACAAGUCCCACAGCCGGACAUACAGAUGUUGGACAUGUAUGAUAAGAUGUCGUUUGCCGAUAUAGACGGUGGUGUUUGGAAACAGGGUUGGAAUAUAAAAUACGAUACCCUACAAUAUAACGAUCAUCACAAGUUAAAAGUGUUUGUGGUGCCCCAUUCACAUAAUGAUCCUGGUUGGAUUAAGACAUUCGAAGAUUACUAUGAACAUGAAACCAAACAUAUUCUCUUUAACGCCUUGAGACAUUUGCGAGAGAAUCCCGAUAUGAAAUUUAUUUGGGCGGAGAUCUCGUAUUUCUCUCGUUUCUACCAAGACUUGGGCGAAAACAAUAAGGAGGAAUUAAAAAAAUUGGUUAAAAAUGGUCAAUUGGAAUUUGUAUCCGGUGGCUGGGUUAUGCCCGAUGAAGCAAAUUCACACUGGCAAAAUAUGCUGCUGCAGUUGACGGAAGGUCAACAUUGGCUCAAGAAGUAUCUGAAUGUCACACCAACAUCAUCCUGGGCAAUUGAUCCCUUUGGACAUACUCCUUCUAUGCCAUAUAUACUAAAGAAAUCAGGAUUUGAAAAUGCUUUGAUUCAACGCACCCAUUAUUCGGUGAAAAAAGAAUUGGCUUCUAAGCGUAAUUUAGAAUUCUAUUGGAGACAAUUAUGGGAUGAUACUGGUGAAACUGAACUCUUUACCCAUAUGAUGCCAUUCUACUCAUAUGAUAUUCCCCACUCCUGUGGUCCAGAUCCAAAAAUUUGUUGCCAAUUUGAUUUUAAGCGGGUAUCUGGUUUUGGUUUAAGUUGCCCAUGGCGAGUGCCGCCCCAAACAAUUAGUGAUCGCAAUGUAGCUCAAAGGGCUGAACUCAUUGUCGACCAAUGGAAAAAGAAAGCCGAAUUAUAUCGAACAAAUGUUGUGCUAUUUCCUCUCGGCGAUGAUUUUCGCUAUAGCCAAAGUACCGAAUGGGAAGUUCAACGUUUGAACUAUGAAGCUCUCUUCUCGCACAUCAAUGGGGAACGCAAGUAUUUUGUUGAGGCCAAAUUCGGUACACUUCAGGAAUAUUUUGAUGCUGUGCACGAAGAACAAAGGCAAAAGGCAAGAACAUUCCCCACAUUGAGCGGUGAUUUCUUUACCUAUGCUGAUCGCGCAGAUAAUUAUUGGAGCGGUUAUUACACUUCACGGCCCUUUCAUAAGCGCAUGGAUCGAGUGCUCACACACUAUGUACACAGUGCAGAAAUGUUAAGCGCCUGGCACAGCUGGGAUGCAAGUGUCAAGUUUGAUGAAAUGUUGGAGGAUGCACGACGACAAUUGUCACUGUUUCAACAUCAUGAUGGUAUCACCGGCACUGCCAAAACUCAUGUUGUGGAAGACUAUGCAAAUCGCAUGCUGGGCGCAGUGAAGAAUUGCAAAUUUGUAAUGCAGCAAUCGGUGUAUAAAUUGCUGACAAAGAAAUCGAUCUACAAUGCUGAUACUAAUUUCAAUUAUUUCUAUGUGGAUGAUUCACGUUGGCCCGGGCCUGAUGACAGCCGCACCACCAUUAUUUUGGGCGAAGAAUUACCUCAAAAGCAUUUAGUUUUCCAUAAUGCCCUGCCCCAAUGGCGUGAAGAAGUUGUUGAUUUCCAUAUAGCUUCUCCGUUUGUCAGUGUCACCGAUUCGAACAAUAAUCCCGUGGAAAUACAGAUUAGUCCCGUAUGGACAUGGCAUAAGCACACCAUCUCGAAUACUAUAACUCCUCAGGCUUCAACCACCAAAUACCGACUGAUAUUUAAGGCCAAAGUACCGCCCUUAGGCCUCACCACAUACAUUGUAAAGGUGGAGACUCCAGAGUCUUUAAACAAGAAUUAUGUUAAUUUUGCCUCGAAUCUCAUUUUAACUACAAAUCCCAUAACCACUCAAUUGGGCGAUUAUCCCAAAGAGGUGAAAUUUGGUGAUCACCGUGAGGUCUCUCUGAAAGUGGGCUCGGGACCUACAGUGGCCUUUAGUUUGGAUGGCAUGAUGAAAUCUGUACAAAUUAAAGAAUCUGAAUCUCAUACACCGGUGAGAGUGCAAUUUUUCAAAUAUGGCACCCGCAUGAGUGGCGAUCGCUCCGGCGCCUAUUUAUUCCUUCCGAAUGGACCAGCCACUUUGAUAGUGAAUGCUCAAACGCCAGUUGUUUUGGUAACUCAAGGCCCAUUGGAGUCAAGUGUGUCCACUGGUCUUUCCUUUGGCAUACAUCAUACCAUACUUAGGGAUGGCGAAGCUCCGGAAAUACGCAAUAACAUUGACAUAGCCGAUAUGGAUGACACCGAAGUUGUAAUGCGCCUGCAAAGCCGCAUUCGUAGUGGUGAAACUUUCUACACUGAUUUAAAUGGCUUGCAGGUUAUAAAACGUCAACGUUUCACAAAAAUUCCAUUGCAAGCGAAUUACUAUCCCAUACCCACGGCCAUAUAUAUAGAAGAUGAAAGUUUACGUUUGAGCGUUGUCUCAGCUCAACCCUUGGGUGGCUCUUCAUUGGCCCCAGGCGAGGUGGAGAUAAUGCAAGAUCGUCGCUUGACACGUGACGAUGAACGUGGCCUUGGUCAUGGGGUCUUGGACAAUAGACCAGUGCUACACAUUUUCCGCAUUAUAUUGGAACGCAUUGAAGGUUGUGAAAAACUAGCUGAUAAUCACCCUGCGGGAGCUUUAACUUUGUCGGCCUAUAGAAAUUCGAAGUAUAUUUUAAAUCCCUUGGAUAAAUUCAUAUUUGCUGAAAACGAUUGGCUGGGUGUUUUGUCUGAAUUUGGUUCAUCGCAUACGGCUUUGGGUGAUGACAUGGAGGUGGUGGUUAUGAGAAACCUGAAUUCAACUAGUGCUGUACCAGCUGUAGCGCGUGAUCGCAAACAGCAUGCCAUACAGAAUACAGGUCUUAUACUGCAUCGUACGAAUCUGAUGCAAUGUUCCGGAUUGGAAGCUAAGAAUACUGGAGAGCUAAACCUACGCCACUUUUUGCAAAUGGCCAAUGUUUCAACGGCCCACAAGACCACGCUAACAUUCCUAAAACGCUUGUCGACCCAUCAAUUUGACGAAGAUGUAUCAUUAUGCCCCAUGGAUACAUUGGCAUUUAUCUUACAGAGGCCUAGUUCCAGUUGAUCUGUCAACUAGUAGGUUGUAGGUUGUUUAAAUACGCAAUUGAAUGCACCGACUUAAUUCAACUUAGUUUUCCUUCAGUAGUUUAUAUUCUUAUGAACCAACAAACAAAACCAAAUUAUUUUAACCCACUGAUAUUUGAUUCUCUCGAAAAGUUUAGUUGUAGUAUCUAUCGUAUAUAGUGUAUAUUUAAUAUAUAUUUAUAUAAAGUAUUUAUGUCAUGUUCGCAAUCUCAAUUAUUUUAUUUUAUGUUCUUUUAUCGUUUGUUUAUCGUAUUUAUUGUGAUUUUUAAAUACAUAUGUACACUCUAUGUUGUCUACUGUAAAAUGUUCACUGUUGGCGGUGAUAAACCAAUACCAUCAUGUUAAAGUUGUAAAAUAUCACCAACAAAAAUGUUUCUUUCGACGAAGAAUUACUUAAAGACUGUAAUUACGAAUAUAAAAUAUGUACAUGAAACCGACAUUUCAGAACAUUUCACAAAACAAA